AUGCCUUCCUCGUCACUCAUUCUGAGCGUUGGCACUGUCCUUGCGUCUCUCACUUCCACUGCUUUCGCUACCAAGUACGAUAAGCACGAAGUCUACAAUUCCACGAAUUGGCUUGAUGCGUUUGAGUUCAGACAGGAUGAGUUGACUUAUGGCUACGUCAACUACGUCAAUGAGGCCACCGCAAAGAACAGAAAGCUCUACAGGAUUGAAGGCAACGACGUCGUCUUCGGGCCCGACGGUACUGAGACUCUAGACGUCAACGGGCCUGGACGCAAGAGUGUCCGUCUCGAGGGCAAGACCGACUACAACAAGGGUCUCUUCAUCCUCGAUGUUAAGCAGAUGCCCGGUGUCUGUGGCAUGUGGCCAUCCUUUUGGUCUCUGGGCCGCGAGCCCUGGCCCGUAAAGGGAGAGAUCGACAUCAUCGAAGGCGUGAAUGACAACCAAGUCAACAAGAUGGCCUUGCACACCGACACCAACUGCAAAGUCAACGGCCGCGGUCAGACAAAUCCUCAAGUACACAAUGACUGCGCCCAUGACACUGGAGGCACACUCGGCUGCGACGUCAACGAAGCCCGCACUAACUCCUUCGGCAAGAACUUCAACAACAUCAAAGGUCUCAGUGGGAGCGGUGGUGGCGGUUACUACGUUAUGGAAUGGGACAGCGAUGCAAUUCGCACUUGGUUCUUCCCUAGGGACAAGACACUCCCACCCUCGCUUACUUCGGACGCUCCCGAUACGGCGCAGUUUGGACAGCCAGCGGCAAAUUUUCAGGGCGAUUGCAACAUUGAAGAGAGGAUCAAGGAUCAGCGAUUCAUUUUCACCAACAACUUCUGCGGCGACUGGGCGGGCAAUGUCUUCGGCUCCACGCCCAGCUGCCCUCUGCAAAAGGAUGACGCGGGCAAGCAGUUGAGCCCAGAGGACUCGUGCAAGAAGUACGUCGCGAAGAACCCUGAUGUUUUUAAGAAUCAGGCGUGGAGGAUUGGGUCUUUUAGGACUUUCAAGAAGAAAGCGGUGGUGAACUCGUCGUCCUCGGCCGCGACGCCGAGCACUUCUUCGUCUGCGUCGACUUCGAGCACGAGUUUGAACUUAUUGGGUUCGAGCACUAUGGUCUCAUCUUCGAACACCACCAAGGUGUACAACAAGGACUGCCGCAGCGGACCAAAGACCGUUACCGUGACCGUGCAUUGCACAAAUUGCGACUACGUCGCCACACCCACGCCAGACGUCCCCGCGGGCAAGCCUACUCCCGCCUUUCCUGAUGCGUACAAGCCCACCCCCAUGGCCCCCGAUUUCGAGACCAUCCCCACCAAGAUCUACCAAACAAUGAUCAUCACGCUUAGCAAUGCGUCCACUCCCGCAGCUUCUCAGUCCAAAUCUGCUGAGGUCCCAGCUGCCAGCAAGCCCAUUAUCCCGGCUUAUGGUACUGGGAUGCCAGCACAGACUGCCGGUAAUAACGGCACGAUGAGCGUUGGAACGGGCGUCCAGCCAAUUGCCAGCAAGACUGGAUACGCACCGCCAAUGUUCACGGGCGCGGCGUCAGGCAUGCAGGGUGGCAGUGCUGUAGCACUCAUUGCUGUGGCUGUUGCGAUGAUUUCAAUGAUGGUCCUGGAACACUUGGAAAUCGUCGACCUUGUCACCCUUUACUGUCUGAACUCUACUUGGACAGCGGUAUUUGACAGCGAAGACAAUCUGCGAGAGAAAAUGUUUCGCCCUCCGAAGGAGAAAGAUGAGAGCCAUGCAGAUGACGCAGAACGUGCGGCAUGGGUGCAAGAGCAGUGGAAUGAAACGUACAAAAAGAUUGAAGACAGCGAACAUACACCAGAAGACUUCUGGGCGCACAUUCGUCUUAACCCAUACAUCAAAUCACGACCAGUCCACAGGGAUUCCCGACCAGAUUCUAUCGAAGACACGUACCUUAUGCGCGGCGACCCAUACAGUCCCUUCGUUUCGCGGGAGAACCCCACGAGCCAAUACCCGAAGCUCCCACAGGGUCACGAGACUCAGGCGAAGGCACUCCUCGAUUCCAUGUUCGUUUCAUAUCCGCCGGUAACUCGCACAGAGCUCCACGGCUAUAUCUUUGGUUGGUUCAUGAUGGGGAUACCGCAUAAAAAGGAAGAAUCGUCGGAGUCCUGGGAAGAGAGUACAGGGUACAAGAUGGGGCAGGUCUUUGAUAUUGCCCGGAGGCAGCUGCGUGACGUGAGUACCCCAUUCCGCUGGAGGGCGAUGAGGAAGAAGAAGAAGAAGAAGAAGAAGAAGAAGAAGAAGAAGAAGCGAGUCGAAGUGAUGACGUUACCAGAGUAUCGGGGUGUCGUGGAAGGCGACGCAGAAGAUGCAGGAGAGGAGAAUCGACCUGAUGAAGUUAUUGGGAGUGUAGGAGUACUUGAGGUGGAAGAAAUCGGGAUUUUCUCUGAGAACAUUGCUAUCGUGUCCAGCCAACUGUGUGUACAGGUGUUCAUUCGAUCUAAUGCUCUCGUUACUGACAGCAUGAUCGAGCCUACGGUCUCACGCAUGAUGUCACCAAUUACUUACUACUAA